AUUGAACCCCCCUCUCCCUCCUGUACAGUCAGUCAGUUGCACUCUGCACCUCUUUCGAUAAGGACUCACCUUUCACCAGUUCGAGGGAGUUUAGCGCUUUUGACCGUGUCUUAUGGAGAGCAGGAUCACCUGUGGCCUGUGGCUGCUCGUCUUUCUCUGGGGAUGUGGGAGGCUGUCGGCGUUCAACCUGGACACUGACAAUGUCCAGGAGAAGAGCGGGGAACCGGGCAGCCUGUUCGGCUUCUCUCUCGCCAUGCAUCGGCAGCUUCACCCGACGGAUAAAAGAAUGCUGCUGGUCGGUGCCCCAAGAGCAAAGGCCUUAUCAGGUCAAAAAUCUAAAGUGACGGGAGGACUCUACAACUGUGACAUGAGCUCCACCUCACCUGGCUGCAACAGAGUUGUCUUUGAUAAUGAUGAGGAUUUAAACAGAGAGAGCAAAGAGAACCAGUGGAUGGGAGUGACAGUCAGCAGUCAGGGGCCAGGAGGAAAGAUUUUGACGUGUGCCCACCGCUACCAGCGCAGGGCCAAUGUGAACAAGGCCAUCGAAUCCCGUGACAUUAUCGGUCGCUGCUACGUGCUGAGUCAGGACUUGACAAUCAAUGCCCAGUCAGGUGAAGAUGGAGGCAACUGGCACUUUUGUGACAGCCGGCACAGAGGCCACGAGAUGUUCGGCUCCUGCCAGCAGGGCCUCUCCGCCAUGUUUGACAAGGACUACCACUACCUCAUCUUUGGGGCUCCCGGAGCAUACAACUGGAAAGGCGUGGUACGCUUGGAACAAAAGAACGACACCUUCAUAGAGUUGGACAUCUUUGACGACGGUCCUUUUGAGGCAGGAGAUGAAAGAGAAAAGAACCCCGAUCUGGUCCCUGCCCCGCCCAACAGCUACAUGGGGUUCUCUCUGGACUCAGGGAAGAGUUUGACCAAGAAGGGCCAGCUGACGGUGGUGGCUGGAGCUCCUAGAGCGAACCACAGCGGGGCGGUGAUACUGCUGAAGAAAGGCCCGUCCUCAAAGAACAUCCUACUGGAAGAAUACACACUGAAAGGGGAGGGGCUGGCCUCGUCUUUUGGCUACGAUCUUACUGUGCUGGAUCUCAAUGGGGAUGGUUGGCAGGACAUAGUGGUGGGAGCACCUCAGUACUUUGAGAAGAAUAAAGAAAUUGGUGGAGCUGUCUACGUCUUCGUCAACAAAGACGGAAACUGGAACACAGUCACACCGACCAGAAUAGAAGGAAAUCAGGACUCAAUGUUCGGCCUGGCUGUGGAAAACCUGGGAGACAUCAAUCUGGAUGGUUACGAUGAUUUUGCAGUGGGAGCUCCUUAUGACAGUGAUGGUGCGGGGGCUGUCUACAUCUACAGCGGGUCAUCCAAAGGACUCAGCUCUAAAAAAUCUGUACAGGUGCUGAACGGCAAGGCAGGAGUGAAACUGUUUGGCUACUCUUUAGCAGGCAAUAUGGACCUGGAUAAGAACUCCUACCCCGACCUGGCCGUCGGGUCCCUCUCCGACUCUGUCUUUGUGUACAAGACUCGUCCAGUUGUUAGCAUCAAGAAAGAAAUCAAGUUCUCACCACCGGUAAUCGACCUUAGCAAGAAGAACUGUGGCAACACCGUCUGCUUGGAAAUUGAGGCAUGCUUCAGCUACACUGCAAACCCCAAGAGCUAUGCUCCCAGACUGACGGUGGCAUACUCCCUCCAGGCGGACACCACCCACAGGGAAAAGGGUCUCAAUACCAGGGCGACCUUCCUCGGGUCCUCCACCCCCGGAAGGGGCUAUGAAGCCAAUGGGAUCAUCACCUUGAGCAGCAAAGGAACACAACAGUGUAUUAAACGUCAGCUUACCAUACAGGAAAAUAUUAAAGACAAGCUGAAUGGGAUCUCUGUCGACGUGUCCGUGGACAUCCAGGACGCCAAGCGUAAACGCAGGCAGAGCUCAGGUCCUCUGCCGCCUGUCCUGGACUCCAUUGAGCCGACUCGUGAGGAGGUGCAUUUCCUGAAGAAAGGAUGUGGCAGCGACAAUAAGUGCAGGAGCAACCUGAAGGUGACUUAUCGCUACGGCCAGAAGACGUCUCAACAAGACAAGUUCACCCCAUUAAAAAUGGAGGGCGAUAUGCCGUUGAUGUCGCUCAGCGAUCAGAAGAACAUCGCCUUGGAGGUCACAGUAACCAAUGAAAAAGGAGAUGACGCAUAUGAAGCCUCUGUAAUUGCCUCCCUCCCGCGCUCCUUGUCCUACUCUUCCUAUUUUCCAGAUAAUGAGGGACAGGUAACCUGCUCAGCCAAUACAAACGGAACUCUGGCUACCUGUGAGCUUGGAAACCCCUUCAAAUUUAAUUCACAGGCGACCUUCUACCUUAUUCUGGGCACAGCAGGGAUCUCUUUUAAUACAACUGAAGUGGAGAUUGAUCUUAAGCCAGAAACGACAAGCACCCAGGAGAAUUUAAAGCCUGUCAAAGCAAAGGCAAAGGUGGCCAUUGCGUUGCAGCUGUCUGUAUCAGGGCAAGCCCAUCCAUCUCAGGCCUACUUUACAGGAGAGGUCAAAGGUGAGGCAGCCAUGAAGGUUGAAAGUGACAUUGGCAGUGCCAUCACACAUCAUUUCAGAAUAAUCAACCUGGGAAGGCGCUUGACAGACUUGGGCACUGCCACCCUCAACAUUGGUUGGCCAAAAUACACAGCGCAGGGCAAGUGGCUGCUCUACCUGAUGAAGAUCAGCUCUACAGGAGUGGACCAUAUAGAGUGCACUCCUAAAGACGAGAUCAACAACCUUCGUCUGGAACCAACUAAGAGCAGGACAAGAAGAGCAGUGGGAAAUACAGAAGAAAAUGAAGAGGGCACGAUUUCCCGUUUUUCUGAGUCCAAAUCAAAAAUCCUGUCCUGUGAGGAUGGGGCACAAUGUGUGACCAUAAAGUGCCCCCUGCGGGGCCUGGACAGUAAUGCAGUCAUCACUCUCCACUCUCGCCUCUGGAACAGCACCUUCAUUGAGGACUUUUCCAAGUUACAUCAUGUGGAGGUGGUAGCGGAUGCCUCUCUGAAUGUCGAUAGCGCAGGACACAAGACGGUGCUGCAAAAUGCUGAGACAAAGGUGAGACUGACUGUGUUCCCAGAGAGGCGUGCGGGAGCCUCUUAUGCGGGGGUCCCAUGGUGGAUCAUCGUGCUGUCCAUCCUGUUCGGGCUGCUGCUGUUGGCUCUCUUGGCUUUCCUUCUCUGGAAGUGUGGCUUUUUUGAGAGAGCCAAAUAUGAAGACAAGGUUCCCAGUUACAAUGCAGUUCGGAUCAAACGGGAGGAGAGAGUGAUAAACCCUGGGAAUGGUAACUGGGAAAACCUGGAAAAGAAGCCCUGGAUGACAACCUGGCAUGACAAGGAACAUUAUUCUUAACAGCCAAUGAAAUCUGACUCCACACAGAUUACUGUCACUCACUAUUGAACCCCCAGUUUUCACUCAUUUUUCCUGCCCUGUCUACACAGCUUGGACUGUAAAUAUCAAGAAACAAAGAAAGAAAAUCAUUUGUUUAAAAAAAAAAAAAAAGAAAGGAAAAAAAAAAAACUAUUAUAGGACUAAAUACUUGAUCAGACAUUCUGGUUCAGGGGCUGAUUUGAUCUUGGAUAGUCUGUAUGAAUCACUGGAAGGAGAGCUGCAGUGUGGGAUAUGGUCCUGCACAAACUACUGUUUGUCAGAGCUUUAGAGCUUGUUUUGUACAUUGACUACAUUCACAGUGUUGACUGGGGGAGGGAGGGAGGGAGGGAGGGAGGUGGGAGUAUUUCUAGAUUUUUUUCGUACAUUUUUUGAAUGUUUUGCAGAAUUGUUUGUAUUUAUUCUUUGCGAGGAGUACUUUCUGUUACGUGCUCUACAGGCCAAAGACUCAUGCAAUGCAUACACAGGUGACUUUUAAAAAUAAAAAUAAUAAAAUGUGUGUGUUACCCCCCCCCCCCCCCAAAUUUAAAAGUGCAUUUUUUAAAUACAGUGUAACUGCCUUCACUGUUGAUGAAUCAGUUUGUAUUUCACAUUCAAGGUUGCUCAGGUUGUACAUUAUGGAGGAACUGUAACUUAUCCACAGUUGCCAAAUACUCGAUUUGUAAACUCAAUGCUAAACGUCUAAAGAAUUCACCUUUAAUUCACCGCCUCUGAAAUAGGAAGAAAGUGAGAGUGAACAUAGAGUUUCUUGAAUAAAAUUUUUUUGUCAUA